AUGGUUGAGAUAGAGCACUACUUGAACGAACACUCCUUAAACUUCUAUCUAGCACAAGGAUUCCAUAGUCUUGUGAGCAAAAUCGCACAGGAUGUGAGCCAGUUCCAGCCACGGUCAACCUCGCAGCUGGAAAAGAUCCCCUUGUUCAAGUCGUCGUUGGAAUGCAUCUCGCUGUACGGGUUUCAGAAACUCUUUGCCCAAGAGGCGGAGAAGGAUUCCAAGUUGACUUGUAGUACCAGUGGCAACUGCAAUUCGUCAAUCAGCACGAUAGAAACCAUUUUGUGCGGACAGCAACACCCGGACUCGUUCGGCUUUCCCGAGCUCACCACCGCCAAGUUGGUCAGUGCAGCAGAGUUGGAGAUAGAUCUUAGUUCCAGAACAGAUACCCGUCCCGAGGUAAAGUACAAGAUUCUUUGCAUUUUCCGCCAAAUCAUUGAGGAUGAUGACGGCGACUUGAAGUUGGUUGACGGCGACGUGUUUGCCAAUCUAUACCUCUAUUUGGCCGAGUAUCUCCAAAAAUUGAAGCCAACUUAUUUUGGGCCCAUUGGCACUUUGUGCGAUGAAGUUGUAAACUGGUUGAAAGACGAUUAUACCGGUGCUAUCCCCUUGGAUCGGUUCAUUGCAUCGUUUCGGUCGAUUUUCAAGUUGAAUUUGAAAUUACUCACUUCAGGGUCAGCAGAGUCAUUUGAGUCGAAUGAGAGCAUGCUGAAUCAGCUCCGAGAACGAGCUAAUAAUUUGAUGUCCUACCAGUCCUUUGCCCAAGCGAUAAAAAUCUACACGGAGGCAUUAGCGGUGACGCCUAAACUCAACACGUACCAGGACGUGCAGCUUUUGACCAAUAGAGGGAUUGCAUUCAUUGGCCUUAAUUGUGUGCCAGAGGCAAUCGAUGAUUUGAACUCAGCCGUAUACUUGGACCGCACUUUUACCCCAGCGUGGACCCAAUUGGGCUACUGUCAUUUAUACAUGGGGAAUGGGUUACUAGCAUUGGAAUGUUAUGCAUUGGCACUAAAGUGCGCCGUGGGAAAUUUGUUUCCCGUGAAUUUCCCCAAAGAGGGAGCUAAAAGAGAAGAAUACAAGUCCUUGAAGAUUCAAUCAAUACUACCGCAGUUUAUAGAAAGAUUGAGCUCUGCCAUAGCAUUAACGGAAAAGCGGGCAUACCAGCAGCACGUACCAGAGGAGAAGAUCAAAAAAGUUGUCAGCGAAGUUCGAAAGAUUUUGGCACAUUUGAGAGCCGUGGGCCCCGAGGCAGACCGGGAUUAUUUCACUUACACCCCCGUCUAUCGCGACUCGUCGUUGCGCAAUCUUUCGGAACGAUUUAACGCCACUCGUCCCAAUAUAUUGACACCCGAGGUGUCGCAGAGCAUUCUUGCAAGAAACGGGAUGGAGACUGCCACAAUAACGCUGGUGGAGGCUAGACAUGACGCCUUUAAUCCAACGAAUGGAAACGAGGGCAACGGCAUGCAGAAUGCAGAGGGCGGUUUUGGACAGAACUUGAACUUGGAGACGUCAGGGACAUUUGACAUUCGGGAUUUUUUCAACCGCAUGGGCGAAAAUGCAUCGAGGGCGAUGCCUACACAACGGCAGAAUGAGUCCGACAUCUUGAAUAGAGACGGCAGCCGUGAGACACAAAAUCGGAAUGCAAAUGCAAAUGCAAAUGCAAAUGCGAAUGCAAACACCAACACUACCAGUAACACUCAUAGUCAAAUGGAGGCGACAGGUCUGCAAACACUGGGAAACUCCACUAAUGCCAACCGGGACUCUGCAUCUCUGCAAGCACGAGCUAGUGGUCCGAGAUCAGGACCCGAGGGUUUUUUACAAAGCUUGGGCAACGUCAUACCCCCUGGAAUCUUGCACACCAUAGAGAGAGUGACACAGGGUGCCAUUCCUGGAGAUGGAGCAGGCGUCAGAAUAUUUGGUGAUGUUCAACAAUUUGACCCGCGUGAAGUCAGGUCAUCUGGGGAGCAACAAGAUAGCAGACAUUCAAGACGAGACCAAAAUGACCAUCAAAGAACCCAGCCUGGUGCCAACCAAGACCAAGACCCCGAAUUGGGGGAAUUUCAAGACUUAGACUAG